UUGCUGUGGGAGACGCAACCACGCACCCCGGCAGCAGCGCUCCCGCUGCCCCAAGGAGCCGCUCCCUCAGCCCCGCGGCCGCUCCGUGAGCCCCAAGGAGCCGCUCCCGCUGCCCCAAGAAGCCGCUCCGGGAGCCCCAAGGAGCCGCUCCGUGAGCCCCGCGGCCGCCCCUCAGCCCCGCGCCCGCCCGGAAGCGGAAGGACGGCGGCGGCAGCUUCCGGCUCCGGUGCCCUUGGGCCGGCGGGGUGCAAUGGCGGCGCUGGGGCUGCUGCGGGCGGGGCUGGUGCGGCCUCACGCCGCUCAGAUGGCUUUCCUCGGGAGGACCCUUGGUCGCGGCCCCGCGGCCCUGGCGGCCGUCACCGAUCGGAGCGCUCCGGCCCGGCAGAGCCACGGUGCCCCGCAGCGGAGCCACGGUGGUUCCAAGGCCGCAUCUUUGCACUGGACAGGCGAGCGAGCUGUCAGUGUCCUCCUUCUGGGUCUCCUUCCUGCAGCCUACCUGUAUCCUGGACCGGCCAUGGACUAUUCACUGGCUGCAGCUCUCACUCUCCAUGGCCACUGGGGUCUUGGACAGGUUAUAACUGACUACGUCCAUGGAGAUGUACCCAUUAAACUGGCCAAUACAGGUCUGUACGUACUGUCGGCCGUUACCUUUGCUGGCCUCUGCUACUUUAACUAUUAUGAUGUUGGUAUCUGCAAGGCUGUUGCCAUGCUGUGGAGCCUCUAAGAUGCAACCAAGUCCCUGACAAACAUGAUUGUUCACUGCUGCCUCUGCUUCAUUGUAUUUUUACCAACAUGUUUAAUGCAAAGCAAAUGAAUCACCAAGGGUCCAUAGUUGGUACAUUCUGCAGCGAGUUCAGAGCUAGUCUUUUAGAAGUAAAUAUCAAACAGCAGUAAAAAUGUUAGCAAAGAAGAAGUGGGUUUAAAGUGGAUAAUGUCCAGUGAGGUGAUUCAAGCUACACUGUAAAGUAGAAGGAAUUAAUUACAUCAGUGACAGACUUACAUAGCUGAAGGUGAUUUUCCUUGUAACAGCAGCUUUACUGAUGCUUUUCUAAAAUAACUGUUGUGGGUUUCCCAUUUUGUAAAACAAACUUGAUUGCAGAGAACUGAACUAUUAUUUAUAAUGACAUCACAACAAUUGAACUGUAUGUAAGGCACACCUUGUAACUCUUUGGACCCUAAGAGUUGAUGUAAAGAAGGCAAUAUUUUUUUUCUUAAUUCAUACAAUAAAGAAUUUACAGAAA